AUGCCACAGUCCUCGACGAUUUCGGCUACUAUGCCGCACAGAAAAAGGCGUUUUCAAGACAUUUCGAAAACAUGUGAUGCCCCGGUAACUCCAUCCGUAUCGGACAGUGACUCGGUUGGGCCAAUUUCUACGAUUCCGACGGAAAAGCCCGCGCCGAAGAAGAACAGCAAAGUUAAAAUGGAAUAUAUUGUGGGUCUUGACUUUGGAACAACUAUGACCUCAAUAUCAUACUAUGGUUUUAAGUCUGGCAAGCGCCCUGCAAAGGUAAUUCAGGGCAAGAUCAGGGAUAUCAAGGACUGGCCAUCGGCUGGCCGUGAUCAACAGAGAGGAGAAGUCCCAAGCGAGAGUCUAUACCUUGACGGCAACUUUUACUGGGGAUAUCAGGCCCGCCAGAAAUUGGAGCAGUUUCACUACAGUGGAGGGAUUUCAGAUCCGUCCAGCAGACUCAUCAAGUUCACAAAGCUUUUGUUGCCUGAAGCUGAAUUGAACGAAGAGGACGAGACAGACAAUCAACUUCGACAGGUGAGGGAGACACUUAGACAUCUAGGGAAAUCAGUUUAUGAGGCUGUAGAAGAUUACUUGAUUGAAGUCUUCCAGUUUGCAAAGAGCUAUCUGGCAGAUGAGGUGAAUUUCACCGAAUCGAGUGUGGUAGAGCUUUGCCUGUCUGUACCUGCAGGGUGGCCAAUCGAGGCAUCCUGGUCAUUGCAACAGAUCGCACAUAAGGCUCUAACCCAAACUACAUUCGGCGAGCUAUCAGGUAUUUUUAUUGUUAAUGAGCCCGAAGCUGCUUCUGCCUUUGCGUUAGAUUUUGUGGUUGGUGGCACUAAUGUCUCGUUGCGGGAGAUAUUCAUGGUAUGUGACGCAGGGGGGGGCACAGUGGAUGUAACAACUUACAAGGUAGAGCAAAAAAGUCCAUUCCGACUGAUAGAAGCUGUUACAGCCAGCGGAGGAAAUUUUGGUUCAACCAGUGUGAAUAGAGCCAUGGAAUCCGACCUGAUCGCUGCCCUGAAAAACGAACCUUGCUUUUCCAAGAACAAUAUAUCAAUUGAGAACCAGCUCUCUCAUAGUUUGUUCCGUAAAUUUGAGAACGAAGUGAAACGAAAUUUCGAUUAUGGAGAUGCUUUGCAGGCGGACGCCUAUUUGGAAUUGUACGGUUUGGAAGAAAAUGCUUCUAAAGGGUUUGGAAAGGGCAUGAUAAUCCUCCACAGGGACCGGAUUAUGGAGUGGUUUAUGCCAAGUCUCGAAAGGAUAGCCGCCCUCAUCCAACAACAGCUUGAUGCUUGUGCAGGGAUUAAUCUUACGGUGCAGAAAAUUAUUCUCUUUGGUGGCUACGCUCGGUCAAAGACCCUUCAAAGCUUCCUGAAGCAGAGAUUUUCGCAUACGAGAGUCAUCAGUCCAAAGGAUGGUAAUUUUGAAUCAACCGUGUCGCGAGGCACGGUAUACCGCGCUACUAAUAAAGAGAAUGGGCCAGUGCGUCGGACCAUUGCGAACGUUGGUAUACUUCAAACUGAGCCAUUCAAUCCAAAAAAGUUUGCAGCUCAUAGAGAGGCCUUACGAGACCGGAACGACUUGAACAAAAAGGAGUACGUCUACAAUACAGUCCAGUGGAUCAUCAAAAAGGGGGAGCACGCCGAUUACAAUGAACCUGUUCGGGAGAGUAACCACCGAGUAAUUCCAGUAGACGAGCCUUGGGAGAUCAAACAGUCCAUUUACUACAAUACCUUGAUUGAGAAUCCGGAGGACCACUACCCUCUGGGGCAUCCAAGGAAUUCAGGCUCUCGAUGGGCAGACACAGUGGUGUUCGACCUAAGCACAGCGAGGGAGCUAUACCCGUUGCCCGUGAAGGGUAAAGAAAACUCCAAGUAUUACGAGGUCCACUAUGACUUAUUGGUCCAGCUUCAUGGGCGUAAUCUGAACGUUUCGAUUGUAUAUCCUCCCGGGGGGGAAGUUCAGGGUAGCAAAGAAAUUGCUGUCGCGGCUUGGUUUCCUGCUGGGGCGGAAUAA